CAUCGUUUGAAUAGGUAGUCAGCCUGAUGCGCGCCAUUAUUAUUACCGUAUGAACCUCCCCUAUCCCCGCCAACUAGGUCAUUGACCUGUCUGUCCCUGUGAUUUAAGAUUCCGCUCGCUGCCUAGCAAUUCCAAUUCCAGGUCCAAGCAAAGCGACCUCGAGUCUGGGAGGCCCAGGCUCGCCAGGUGUCUCGACAUGUCAGAACUACCCGAUUAUUACUCCAUACUCGAAGUUGCGCCCGAAAGCGACCAGGAAGCGAUCAAGAGAGCUUACAAGAAAGCGGCGCUGAAAUGGCAUCCAGAUCGGGUUGCGGCCGACUCGGACGAGCGUCCCAAGCGGACGAAAAUGUUCCAAAAGAUCAAUGACGCCUACUACACCCUCUCGGAGCCCACGAGGCGGCGAGAGUACGACGAAGCAAGGCGAUUCCACGGCACCGCGAGCUUUGACGAGUCGGCCGAUGAAGAAAUACCAAGACCUCCUCCUCCCCAGGCGGGAGCGCAGUCUUGGUUCAACAUGUUCGGCUUCGGCCGUCCCGCGGGAGACACCCAGGAAGACCAGUUUGCGAAUGAACAGUUCAAGGGCGCGUUCGAGGAGAUGAUGCAGGAGGACGACCUGGCCGACGACACUCACACCCCCACCAAGCGCUUCUGGACCAUCGCCGGGGGUAUCUCGGGCGGUGUUCUUGGUUUCAUCGUCGGCAACUCGGUCGGGAUGGUCACGGGCGCCGCCGCGGGCAGCAGGAUGGGGGCGAUCCGUGACAAGCAAGGCAAGUCGGUCUACGAGGUGUUCCAGGCGCUCGACCAGGGCCAGAAAGCUCGCAUUCUGAGCGAGCUUGCGGCGAAACUGUUCAGCGGCGCGAUCAGUUGAGGGAUGGGAGCGGGAAACUUGGUGGGUUUGCAGCUUCAGACGCCGGGAUGUUUUUUUGGAUUUGUGGUAAAAACACGCUCGGUGUUUUCUGGGUCACUUCGUUACAGCGCGGGUUCCCUUUUUUUUUCCCCCCCUACCCACCCCCCGACUUUGAAGCCACGGUACUUUGAUCAAACCGCCAGGAUUCUGCCUCAGGAAAAGCCCGGUGCUUAUUGGCCAUUCACGGAAAAUACCCAGCGCUACGGGCAUACAGGGCCCGAACAAGAAGGUGCCAAAGGCAACGGCCCCAAGACUGAUCAAGCACCCUUGGAUGAUGCUGAUAAUACACCCCGGCUGCCUACAGGGUGAGGUGCUUAAGAGGUUAAUCUCGAUCGUCGGCUCGGAAGGACUGGCGAGAUCCCGAAUAUAAGAGUGCCGGGGGAGCUGGAGUUUGCGAUGAUUUGUGCAGGGGUCGGUCCUCUGUUUGGGGAUCGGCCAUGGAUUCAGAGUCCUACCUGAAUCGACAGGUUCCGGCGGACAAAAGACGGGCUUUUUCCCCGAUCGCCAUCGAAAAUCUGUGGCGUUCGGACCAAGUAUACGUGACGAGCUGGCGUAGCGGGCCAGAAUGAUGGAUGCGGCAACGAGGGGAGAAUAAAUGCACAUAGAUUGACAACACAAUGUAUUUUCAUACCACAUAAAGUCACCACGUCUCUUCCAGGCAGCCAAUUCA